CUUCCAUUCAUCGAUUCGAGUUUUCCCACCGAUCCUGAAAACCUGAGCUUAGGGAGACUAGGAGAGACCUACGAGCAUUUCUGACUCGUCCUGUCACGUCGUCGUAAUCAGAAAAUCUCGUGGAAUUUUCUUCCGAUCGCUGCAUCGAGAAAAGGAAAGAAACAAUGUCGCAACAACAAUAUUAUCCGUUCAAGUGCACUCCGACUGUUUACCCUGCUGAACCGUUCGACGCAAACGCUGAUGCUGCUAUCUUGCGUAAGGCAAUGAAAGGUUUUGGUACGGAUGAAAAGGCAAUUAUUGAUGUGCUCACAAAAAGAGGCAUAGUACAAAGACUGGAGAUUGCGGAGGCGUUUAAGACUCUCUAUGGAAAGGAUCUGAUUAGCGAUCUGAAGAGCGAAUUGACUGGUAAAUUGGAGGAUAUCAUUGUUGCUCUCAUGACCCCAUUGCCGCAUUACUAUGCCAAAGAGCUGCACGAUGCAGUGAGUGGCAUGGGUACGGAUGAGGAAGCAAUCGUUGAGAUUCUGUGUACUCUCAGUAACUACGGUAUCCGUACAAUCGCUGCAUUUUACGAGAAUUUGUACAGCAAAACGCUUGAAAGUGAUCUGAAGGGAGAUACAUCUGGUCAUUUUAAGAGAUUACUGGUAUCUCUUGUGCAGGCAAACAGGGAUGAAAAUCAAGGAAUUGAUCAUGCCCAAGCUGCUGCUGAUGCUCAAGCAUUAUAUGAAGCUGGUGAAAAGAAUUGGGGAACAGAUGAAUCACAAUUCAAUGCGAUUUUAGUAACGCGUAGUUAUCAGCAACUGCGACAAACGUUUAUCGAGUAUGAGAAAAUGUCAGGGCAUGACAUAGAGGUUGCCAUAAAGAAGGAAUUUUCUGGCAAUAUCGAGAAAGGUCUACUUGGAAUAGUGAAAUGUGUGAAGUCAAAGGUUGGAUUCUUUGCUGAGCGUUUGUACGCUAGUAUGCAUGGUAUAGGCACGAAGGAUCGAACACUGAUCCGUAUCAUUGUAUCUCGAAGUGAAAUUGAUUUGGGAGAUAUUAAAAAGGCAUUUGAAGAACGCUAUGGAAAGUCACUGGAAAGCUGGAUAGCUGGAGACACUUCUGGAGAUUACAAGAAAGCACUUCUUUCUUUGGUUUCUACAUAAUUCUGAUGUAGUAAUUAAGACUUACAUACUUUGUCCUAUUUAUGCACAGUAAUUGUAUCUAUAAAAAGCGAUUUUAUAUAUGCCCACACGAAUUUUAGCUUAAUAUUGCUUGAUAUACUAAUAAUGAAUUAGAGAGAAGAAAUUGUAAUUUUUUUCAAAUAUUACUUUUGUAGUAUUUUUUGUAUGUGCAUAAAACCUCUAUUGUAUUAUAUAAGUUAAUGAAAU